CAAAAGUUGCUAGUAAAUAUGCCAUGUUAUAUAUUUGGUCAACAAAAUUUUUAAAGAGACAAGUUUUUAAAUGAUAUGGCUAAAUAAGACAUUACAAGUAAGUUGUAGAUCAUUACAAGGCAUAAAAGAAAUAAUAGGUUAGAUUUUUAGAUAAUAAACCCAAAAAGACAGAAAUCCUAUAAAUGAAUUUUUCACUUUAACAAAUCAAGUUGAAUGGUUUGUUAAAAAUGUGACGAGUAUUAAAAAUAAAACCAUCAACAAGACAACAAUGAAAUACUCGCGAACUAGGAUUUCGAUCCACCCAAGAAAUAAAAUCAAAUACAUCGUAUAAAAUAUUAGCGAAAUUCCCACUUGCAAUACAAAUUCGAUCCUUACAAUUUUCUUGGAGUCGAGGUCUAAGUAAGUCUUUGUAGACAAGUGUCAAAAACUUGUAUAUUCUUUAAUACUGUAAAAAAUUCCGUUAAACUUCAUUUUCUCAUCAGUGAAGGAUUUGAAAGAAAUAAGUUAUGGUGUUUCAUUGCCGAUGUUUCUCCUUCCCUUUGGAAGAAGAAAUAGAUAUAGAUAUAGAGGAUCCUAAAACUCAAACCAAUUCGACUUUAACUGAACCCUUUUAUACUGCUCCUUCGGAAUUUAACAAGGCCAUGGUAGAAGAUUUGGUUGACAAUGUACAAAGCAAUUUGAGAGUUUUCACCUACGCGGAGCUCGAAGCAGCUACGAAUAACUUCUGUGAGGAUUCGAAGAUUGGAGAAGAUGGAUUUGGGAGUGUAUAUAAGGGUGUGAUCAAGAAUCCUGAAAAUCCUCUUGAUGAAGAAAAUCAGGUCACUAUCAAGUAUGGCGCAUUAAAGGUGAAUGUUCUUGCGGUGGUCGAGCAUCCCAACAUAGUCAAACUAAUCGGUUACUGUAGAGAAGGCUGUGAAAGAGGAAUAUACGAGCUUCUAGUCUAUGAAUAUAUGCCUAAUAAAAGUGUUAAUCAUCAUUUAUCUACCAAGUCCGGAGCACCUCUCUCAUGGGCCAGAAGACUGAAAGUGGCUCAAGAUGUUGCCAGGGCUCUAACAUAUCUGCAUGAAGAAAUGGAGUUUCAGUAUAUUUUUGAAGAUUUUACAUCUUCCAACAUUUUUCUAGAUGAGCAUUGGAAUGCCAAGCUUUCGGAUUUCAGAGUGGCUCCAUUAGGUCCAUCGGGAGAACUCACCCAUGUUUCAACCAUGACUGAUGAAACGGCCGGGUACACGGCUCCAGAGCACACUUUUAUCCUGACUCAAAAACCCAGUAGUAACACAUGGAGUUUUGGGGUCUUACUGUUCGAACUUAUCACAGGUAGGCCUCCACUGGAUAGGACCCUGUCUAAGCAGCAGCUUGUAGAAUGGGUUAAACCCUUCUUAGGAUCAAGAAAAUUCAAAAAGAUACUUGAUCCAAAACUGGAAGGUAAGUACUCACUGGAGUCAGCAAAAUCGUUGUCAUUUAUAGCCAACAGGUGUUUGUCUCGAAACCCGACUUUAAGGCCAAAUAUGCGAGAAAUCUUGGGAAAGGUUAACGAACUGAUUGAGCUUCCAUUACAAGCAAACAAUACAGCACAAGGGUCCAAAAGUAUGGUCCGAUCAAGGUGUUGCUACUAAUCUAAAGAGAGUUUGUAAGAGUAAAAAGACUCGUAAGUAAUGAAGGUGAAGAUCCAUUUACAUCUAGAGCCUGCAUGAUUUCCUCAGUCUACCCUCCAAAGCUUUUGGAAUGGUUUUAAAGUCAGUACUUACAAGUUUCAAGUAUUGAUUUGAGAUUUAGCAACGUGUAAGUAACAUACGAUCAGCAUACUUCCUCAUUUUUAAAGUGUGCAAAAAGUUAUUCA